UGUACUCAGCUGCAAGAGAGAUGAGAAUGACCAUGUAUCUACUUCUUUCCUCUCAUCUUUUAUUCCUUACUUUGUAACAUCCCCUCUCAAUCUCUCCCUUUCUCAUUUUCUGUUAAAUUUUUCGAUGGGCUUUCAAGGCACAGAGGAACACUUUCACAUAAACGUCAGUGUAAGAAUAAAACAGUGUAGACCUGGUCAACACUGGGCAUUAAGGGAGAGUUAGUCUCAGCUGAGGGAUCAUGGGAGCUCAGGCACACAACAUGUAUCUGCUGCUGGGGUGUCUACUGUUCACCUGGCUUAGCACUCAAGUAUCUGCCAAGUGGCCACUGGACAUUAACUACACCGCCGAGGCUCCUGCUGUCUUGGUGGGUGAACCGUUCACAAUGUCGUGUUCCAUCUUACCAGGCUUUAACCAAACCUGGCGACGCGUCAACCAGAAUAAAACACGUUUUACAGGCGACAACUUCACUCUGCAGAGCGCUACUCUUAACGACACAGGGCAGUACCAGUGUGUUUAUCAGAAUAUUUCCUCGCAGUUGCUAGGACAGCCUGUAACGUUGAAUGUAGUAGAGUUACUCCCUCCUGUGUGGGUGAGUGCAGACCCAGUUACACCAACCAUAGUGGAAGGUCAUGAAGUCAGCCUCAAGUGUAGCCAAAGCGACUCCAGUAUCGGGCCUCUUGGGUCUUGGGUGUGGAAGCGAAAGGGAGUGCAGGACGUGUGGAAGGAGGUGGGCAGGGGCAGGGGCCUGACUCUCACCAGGUCCAGCCAGACUGGGACGUACCGCUGCCAGGUCAACAGCAACACUUAUGCCAUCUACCAGGAGCAAACCAGCCUGGAGUGCAGUGUCAUCAUCAUCCCCCUGCCAAUAACCAUCAGUUACCAUGUAGCUGUGGCAGGGCUGUCACUGGCUCUGUUGGCAUUGCUCCUAUUGGCCCUUCUGUUUCUGAGGAUGUUGAGACUGAGGACCAAUGAGACAGCUACUUUACAGGACCUGUUCAGAAGCAAAGAGACUGCUAUACCUCACCAAACUGAACUGAAAAAAAUCCCAAAUAAAUCACCAAAGAGGAGUGCCCAAAAACCUGCUGUCGAGGUCGGGGAGGUCUAUAUGAACUGUGAAACCAUCGGCAAGGCCUACUGUGACCUCAAAACUGACCAGACAAUUGUAGAGGAGAUCUACGACACCCUGGACUAAAGACUGGGGGAGCAUGGAAUGUAGAAGAGAGAGGAAGAGGGACACAGUGUGAAAUGAGAUUAUGGAGAGGAAGGAGAGUGGGGGGAGGGAGAGGGGGAGGAGGGAGAGGGAGGAGGGACAGGG